UUCCCAGAGUGUGGCUUCUUCGGCAUGUAUGACAAGAUCCUGCUGUUCCGCCAUGACCUAAAUGACGAGAACAUCCUGCAGAGGUUGACCUCAGUAGAAGACAUCCAUGAAGGGGACCUCAUUGAGGUGGUGCUGUCUGCUCAAGCCACAGUUGAGGACUUCCAGAUCCGACCUCAUGCCCUCUAUGUACACUCCUACAAGGCCCCCACCUUCUGCGACUACUGUGGAGAGAUGCUGUGGGGUCUCGUCCGUCAGGGGCUCAAAUGUGAAGGAUGUGGGCUGAACUAUCACAAGCGUUGUGCCUUCAAGAUCCCAAAUAACUGUACUGGAGUGAGGAAAAGGCGGUUAUCCAACGUUUCACUGCCUGGACCAUCUCUAUCCGUUCCGAGAGCGCUGCCUGCUGAAAAUGCAGUGGUUGUUCCUGAUGAGCAACAGCGGUCACAUCAGGAGGCGGGGAAGCGCAUCCUGUCCUGGAGUGGCAGGCCUAUCUGGAUGGAUAAGAUGGAGAAGACACGGGUCAAGGUGCCGCACACCUUUGCCAUCCACACCUACACUCGGCCAACCAUCUGCCAGUACUGCAAACGGCUACUCAAGGGUCUCUUUCGCCAGGGAAUGCAGUGUAAAGACUGCAGAUUUAACUGCCAUAAGAGGUGUGCUUCAAAGGUACCAAGAGACUGUUUAGGGGAGGUGGACUUUAAUGGUGAGCCAGCCAGCCCCGGGCCUGAUUCUGAUACUACCAUGGAUAUGAUGGAGGUGGACAGUAGUGAUAUGGAUGGUGGAAGAAGUCUGGAUGAUCCAGAUGAACCGUCCACUCCAGACGGGAUGUUCGGCAUGGAUUCUCCCUUCACAGAUAGAGAAAAGGAUGAGGAGCCAAUCAAGACUAUAAGUCCUUCAACCAGCACCAAUAUUCCCCUCAUGCGGGUGGUCCAGUCUAUCAAGCAUACCAAGAGACGGAGCUCUACUCUGGUGAAGGAGGGCUGGAUGGUUCAUUAUACAAGCAGAGACAACCUGCGGAAGAGACAUUACUGGAGGCUGGACAGCAAGAGUCUGAGUCUUUUCCAGAAUGACACUGGAGCUAAGUUCUAUAAAGAGAUCCCUCUGUCCGAGAUCCUCCAGGUGGAGCCGUUCAGAGACUACAGUAAUUUGGCGCAGGGCAGCAACCCGCACUGCUUUGAGAUCAUCACGGCCACCAUGGUCUACUACGUGGGAGAAAAUAACGGCAGCCACUACCACAGCCCUGCACUGGCUGCUUCUGGAGUGGGUGUGGAGGUGGCCCAGGGCUGGGAGAAGGCCAUCAGACAGGCCCUGAUGCCCGUCACCCCUCAGCCGAGUGUGGCCAGUGCAGCCGGUCAGGGAAGAGAUCACAAAGAGCUAUCCAUCAGCAUAUCAGUGUCCAAUUGCCAGAUCCAGGAGAAUGUGGAUAUUGCCUCUGUGUAUCAAAUAUUUUCUGAUGAGGUGCUGGGAUCAGGCCAGUUUGGCAUUGUGUAUGGAGGGAAGCACAGAAAGACCGGCAGAGAUGUUGCCAUCAAAGUUAUAGACAAGAUGAGAUUUCCUACCAAGCAGGAGAGCCAGCUAAGGAAUGAGGUCGCCAUAUUACAGAAUCUACAUCAUCCAGGUAUCGUUAACCUGGAGUGUAUGUUUGAGACUCCAGAGCGAGUGUUUGUUGUCAUGGAGAAGCUGCAUGGAGACAUGCUGGAGAUGAUCCUGUCCAGCGAGAAGAGCAAACUACCAGAGCGAAUCACCAAAUUCCUGGUCACACAGAUCCUGGUGGCCUUGAGGCAUCUGCACUUCAAAAACAUUGUUCACUGUGACUUGAAGCCUGAAAAUGUACUACUAGCCUCCGCAGAGCCUUUUCCACAGGUGAAGCUGUGUGACUUCGGCUUUGCACGUAUCAUUGGUGAGAAGUCGUUCCGGAGGUCAGUCGUGGGCACGCCAGCUUACCUGGCCCCAGAGGUGCUGCGGAGCAAAGGCUACAACCGCUCCUUAGACAUGUGGUCAGUGGGAGUCAUCGUCUACGUCAGCUUGAGCGGGACCUUCCCUUUUAACGAGGAUGAAGACAUUAACGAUCAGAUCCAGAACGCCGCCUUCAUGUACCCCCCGACACCCUGGAAGGACAUCUCUGCAGAGGCCACAGACCUGAUCAACAAUCUUCUCCAAGUCAAGAUGAGGAAGAGGUACAGCGUGGACAAGUGUCUCAGCCAUCCCUGGUUACAGGAUUACCAGACGUGGCUGGACCUCAGGGAGUUCGAAACGCGGCGAGGUGAGCGUUACAUCACCCACGAGAGUGACGACGCUCGGUGGGAGGAGUACGCGGACGAGCACAACCUCGUUUACCCCCAACACUUCAUCAUGGCUCCCAACCUAGAUGACAUGGAGGAGGACCCCUAGUGGUCAAUUGGCUUUACUGCAGUGUGCAUCCACAUGAAGGAAGGGAUUGUCAAAGGGGACUUUUUUGGAAAAAACAAAAAGAACAUACUUUGGGAGCAGCAGGUCGCUCCCCCCAACCCAGAACUGUUUGUUGUGGAAACAGAGCAAAGCUGAUCGAGUAGAGAGCUUCACGUCAUGGGCUGUUAGAGUGGGAAAAUCCCAACUUAUUUUGUAGCAAGGCAAAGAGGCGAAGAUGUCUCACAGAAGCGCAUUAAAAGACUGUUGGCAAAGAGGAGCAUCCUCUCUUCCUUAUUGUAAAAUUUUUAAAACAUUCGCUGGAUUUGCCUAACUUUGGUUCGUUUCUUCUGGACAAACCUGAUAUGUAACAAUGCGAAUGACACCUCGUUAUGGACAGUGGUCUUGAUGUAAGAGAGGAGAUAACCAAAAGCAGUCUCACAUCAGGAGUAAAGGGCACCUUUCACAAAGGAUUAACAGUCUUAGAAAGAAACAUGAGUUUGUUCCCUCCUCUGAGCUGUUUGUCCUUUGGCAUGAACUGGAACCAUCACCUGCAUACAUUUGUCCCUUCAUGUAGUUACUAACUGUUGUAGGUUAUUGCACUAUACAACUAUUAAGAAUAGCAACUGAAUAGAAACACUAUUCGCUGCUACAGAAAGCAAACAGCUUGGAAACGUUUCCUACAUUUCAAAUGUUGUAGCAAAGUGUCUUAAGCAAUCAGUGGAAAGUCUUUGCAGCUCAAAUGGAAUUAGCUGCAGGUAUUAUUAGUGUUUUCAGGUCUGACAGUGGCAGCUAAUAGUGUGAAAACGUGAUGAACCUUCCCCUGCAGAAAGAGGUCUGAAAAUUGGUUACAAAUGUUGUUCCAAACUGUUUUAUUUAUUCAACAUUGUGAACUUCUUAGUGCAAACCAGAACCCUGGACAUGCAAAAUGUAAAGAUGAGUUUAAAAAAAAGCUCCAUUCUUACUGCAUCUUCUCUCCUUUUUUUUACUUUAUUUUAUUUUUUUUGCAGAUUCUGGAAAAGACUUUUUACUGCUCAGCAGGCGUCUGUGGAUACCUGAAUAAAGUUCCCACAGUCCUUGUUUGUUAUCUUCUCUGGACCUUUUCUAUAUUGUGUGUCUCUCCAAAGUCAGCAGAAUGGAAAUAAAACUGGGUAUGAUCGGAGUUAAGUUCAGGGAUUUAUACCACAGUUUUGUACUUUGUGCUUUGUUUGUGUGGUUUGGGAGCUUGUUUCAGUUUCUUGUUGUCAUUUUUCCAGUUUUUUUUCUGUUGCCACUGGAUUGGCAGGUGUCCGUGUUUUGUAUAUUUCAGUACUUACCUGAUGAAAUAAAACAAAAACAAAUGUCCUUUUAA